CUAAAGAUUCUAAAACAAAAAACUCUGAAAGUUUUAGAAAGUUACAACGAACUGUUUUUCAACAAUGCCUGACAAUUCUUCUUAAACCGAUACUUGAAGGUCCAGAACUUCAUUUUGUAGUGCGUCAUAAUGCGAUUACUUUUGUGCCACGAAUAUCUGUGAUUUUAGCUGAUAUGGCUGAAGCUUAUAAAUUCACAAACGUUUACCAACCAUCUACAUCAAAAAGACCUUGUGGCUCCUGUUUAAUAUUGAAAGAUGACUUAAAUAACACGGAAUUAACAAAUAUAUUACCUAGAACUUCAUAUAAUAUGAAACAAGUGAUAAGUAACGGUCAGGCACAUGAGAAUUCGAUCCAUACCGAACAUAAUAUAUUUUGGGAAAUAAGAGACUUCAAUAUUUACCAAGUAACCGUUCCUGAUCGAAUGCAUAUACUAGAUCUCGGCUUGUUCAAAUAUAUGCUAGAUUACACCAAAGAACUUUUAAAUGAACAAUGUGGAAGUUGGGCAGUUCAAACCAUUGAGCAACGGUUGACAGAGAUUCCUAGAUUUCAUGGCCUUAAAAUAAUGAAAAACGCGUUCGAGUUGACAC